CCGGGCUGCGGGAGCCAUGCGGCAGACAAGGAGCAACGCGUCCUCCGAGCCACGCGGGCAGAAGCGGCCUGGGGCCGCAAGGGCUCCUGCCGCCGCCGCCUCGGCUCCCGGCGCCACCCGCGCACGGCGCCCCACGGGCCAAGCGGGGGGCAGGAGCCGGGCGGCGACGAGAAAGCCGUCGGCGAAGCAGCGGCCGAAGCAGUCGUCGCCGCGGGCCCAGGAGGCGGGCCCCGGGGAGCCGGAGCCGGCGGUUCUGCCGCCGCCGCCACCCCCGACCCCGGUGACUCCGACGUCCUCCGUGGCCACGUUGGACCUGGGCGACCAGCGGGAGCGCUGGGAGACGUUCCAGAAGCGGCAGAAGCUCACCUUCGAGGGUGCCGCUAAGCUCCUGCUGGACACCUUCGAGUACCAGGGCCUGGUGAAACACACGGGAGGCUGCCACUGUGGAGCCGUUCGCUUUGAAGUCUGGGCCUCGGCAGACUUACACAUCUUUGACUGCAACUGCAGUGUUUGCAAGAAGAAGCAAAAUAGACACUUCAUUGUUCCCGCGUCUCGCUUCAAGCUCCUGAAGGGAGCCGAGAGCAUAACCACAUACACGUUCAACACUCACAGAGCACAGCACACCUUCUGUAAGAGGUGCGGCGUGCAGAGCUUCUACACACCCCGCUCCAACCCCGGUGGCUUCGGGAUCGCCCCACACUGCCUGGACGAGGGCACCGUGCGGAGCGUGGUCAUCGAGGAGUUCAACGGCAGCGAGUGGGAGAAGGCCAUGAAGGAGCACAAGACCAUCAGGAACAUGUCCAAAGAGUGAGCUCCUGCUUCCUCCCUCCCUGAAAAGGAGGGUGACUGGGGCCAGCAGCUUCGCUGUCCCCGGCACUCGGUGGUGCCGUGAACGAGGCUGACCCCGGCUGCGGCCGUCCCGAGCUCCGCCCUUGGCUCCAGCUACCACUUUCUUUAGGCAGCUCUCUGUCCUUCGUCAGCGCAGAUCUUGAUGUAGGCUAGUUGACAUCUUUCUUUCCCUCCCCAACUUUUGUGUGAUCUUUUAGAAAAAUAAAUAUUUUAAUAUUAAA